AUGAGUUAUUGCAGCAUUCAUACUCUGUUUUCAGAAGCUAUAGACUGCACGAGAUUGGUUUCCAACAAUACAAAGACGUUUUGCAAAGCAUAUUAUAAAGAUAAACUGUGCAGCAACCAGCAAUGGACACAGCAAUGCGAGAGUAACGAUCUGAUACAAGAAGAUAGGACUACGGUCCAGUACAGCGCGAGUGGCUUGAAAAGCGAUAAAAAAAUUGGACCAGUUUUUGGCUUUAAAAUCGAAUAUCGAUACAUUAGGUGCAAGCCAGAGAUUGUUGCCGAGACCACUGACAGCCAAACAACUUCUUCAAUGAGCGUUGAGACUACAAGCAACAAACGACUUCAAUCUACUUUUCUACCUAGUUUAGGCGGAAUCUUCUCUACUAUAAGAAACGAACCUGAAGAAACAACUAUUUUGUAUAUCACCGAUGUAGCCAAUGACAACUCAUCAAUGUUGGUCAACGUUCUCGUCCCAAUAAGUAUUGUCCUUUUACUGGUCGCACUGGCAAUUCUAAUUGUUGUUCUAAAAAGAAAAAAACAAAAACAAAGCGGAAAUCCAGCAAAGAGCGACCAAUCAAACGCUGUAGCUUCUUCUUCCAACCAAUCAGGAGGUGGCAUUUACUCAGCGGCAGAAGAUAUCAAUCUACAAAUGAGCGGAGCCAGUUCAAGUUACCAAUCACAGCAAGGACAAAGCAGUCACAUGUCCAUAAUUAACCAAUCAGAUGUCGCAUAUUCCACAGUGGAAAAGAUUCAAGGAACAAAGCAAACAGUGGAAUAUCACAAAACAAUGGUGGAUAAUGUACUAUAUGGGGAAACAGGGGGAGGAAGCGUUGAUGCUCAGAAAAUAACACCAGGUGCCCCACCUAGUGACAAGGCCGAAACAGUGGUAAAUGUUCUAUAUGGAGCCACAACAUAG